AUGGUACCCACGCCAGGAAAAGUACUUGUCGCAGGUGGAUAUUUGAUUCUAGAUAGAAACUAUGAUGGUCUAGUUGUUGCGGUUGAUUCAAGAUUUUAUACAGUGAUUAAAAAAAUUGAAGCAGAAAAUACUUUUUGCAAUAGUAAUAAUGACAAUAGUUGGAAAAUUAAUGUCAUUUCACCUCAAUUCAAUAAUACCAAGUGGGAAUAUAAAGUAAUAAUUAAUGAUUAUAACAAUAAAGAAGAUAUCAGACAAUGUGAAUUGAUGACAUUGAACUCAAAUGAGAGCGGAAAUAACACAUUUAUUGAUGUGACACUCAAAUUUGCUUUGUCAAUUAUUAUUCAGAGAAUUGAUUAUUCAUCAUUCUCAAAGAUAUUAGAAAAAGGAUUAAAUAUAUUUAUAGUUGGAAGCAAUGAUUUCUAUUCACAACGAGAACAAUUGAAAAAUCAAGGACUUGAAAUUAGUUUGGCAUCAUUACGAUCACUCAAACCAUUUUGUAAAUUAAACAAAACCUUGAAAAAUGUUCAUAAAACAGGUUUAGGAUCUUCGGCAGCAUUGAUAACAUCAUUUGUUACAGCUUUAUUCGUUCAUUUUAAUUUAAUCAAUAACAAAGAAGACGUAGAUGAUAAUUAUUCCAGAACAUUAAUUCAUAACGUUGCACAGUUUUGUCAUUGUUUUGCUCAAGGUAAAAUAGGAUCAGGAUUUGAUGUAUCAGCUGGUGUAUGGGGAAGUCAUACUUACAAGAGAUUUUCUACUAGUAUACUAGAAAAUCCAAAUAUUACAGAGAUUAACACAAUUAUCGAUCCUAUGUUAAAUAAAUGGGAUAAUCAAGUUUCGCCAUUUUCUUUACCACCAGGAUUUAAUUUAAUUCUUGCAGACAUUGAUACAGGAUCGAAUACUCCCAGUAUGGUUUCAAAAGUAUUACAAUGGCGUAAAAAUGAUCCUGAGCAAGCAAAUAAAUUAUGGGAAGAAUUGAAUAAAUACAACAAAUUUCUUGCCGAUAAUUUAACAAAAUUGACAAAAGAAUAUGAUAAUGAUCAAAAAUUAUAUUGUAAUACUAUUGAAAUCUGUUCUAAUUCUAAGGCAUCUGAGUGGUUAUCAAUAUCAGAAAAAAAUCCAAAUGAAUCUUACAUUAUAAGAUUAUUAUCAUUGAUAUAUACAACAUUCCAAAAUAUACGAAAAUUAUUACGAGAAAUGUCAAAACUGUCAAAAGUACCAAUUGAACCACCUGAACAAACUAAAUUAUUAGAUUUAUGUAAUGAAAUACCUGGUGUGGUAUUAAGUGGUGUUCCUGGUGCGGGAGGAUAUGAUGCAAUAUUUUGUAUUUAUAUUACCCCAAUUUCUUCUUCUACUACGACUGCGUUUCAUUCAAUUAAAGGAGAUGGCUGCCUAAAUAAAUUAGAGCAACUAUUUUAUAAUUAUAAAGGCUUGGAUGUAUUACCACUUUUAUCUAAAGAAUCAUCAAAGGCAAGGACUUCAAGUUCUAUCACUCAUUCAAUUAGAACAGCCGAACCAAUUUCCAAUCCAAGCGUCAUUCUUACUCGUACUGAUAUACGCUCUUCGAUUGAAGCUUACGAACAACUUUUAGCAGCUGCCAAAAUAUAUAGGAAUCAAUUGAUGGCUCUUGCACAAGCUACAGCUAAUUUUGGUCAAUCCUUGGAAAGAAUUGCUCAUUGUAAAGGAGCUUUGGAAAGUGGUUCUAGUUUUCAAGCUGCUGCUGGUUUACAUUACCUUACAUCAAAUCAUCAACAACUUUUG